AUAGGGCUGCCUGCUAGUGCAGUGCAGUGAUCGGCGAGGGAGGCUGGCGGCGGCGGUGCUGCUGCUGGCGGCGGGGAGAAGGGAACAUUUAAACACUUUUAUUUUUCCGGCGUUCUUCCGCCGCCCGGCUGGGAGUGGGGCUGCCGAGCCCCUCCGCGGAGCUGAGCCGGUGCGUGGGCCGGGCAGAGGCUUUGGAAGGCACAACAAAGUGGCGAGUGGGCUCCGUCUCGGCUUUCCAUUCCCCCUCUGGUUUCCUGCGGGUGCAGCAUGAAGUGCAGCUAUGGCAAGGCGAGGUAAGACAGUGGUGAGGACGCUGGAAGAUUUGACCCUGGAUUCUGGUUAUGGUGGUGCUGCGGACUCAGUCCGGUCCUCCAACUUGUCCCUGUGCUGUUCGGAUUCCCACCCGGCUUACCCCUAUGGAGGAAACUGCUGGCAGCAUCUAGCUGACUCCAUGCACAGUAGGCACAACAGCUUUGACACUGUCAACACGGUCCUAGUGGAAGACUCCGAGGUGCUGGACUGCUCGGGGCAGCAGUGCUCCAGGCUGCUGCCUGACCUUGAGGAGGUCCCUUGGACUCUGGAGGAGGUGGAGGCGCUGCUCCUGCUGCGGCACAGGGAGCCCCGCGGGCCGGCGGCCACCCCCGCUAGCCCUGCCAGAGAUGCCCUGGCCAAGCUCUCCACCUUGGUCAGCCGGGCGCUGGUCCGGAUCGCCAAGGAGGCUCAGCGGCUGAGCCUGCGGUUUGCCAAAUGCACCAAGUACGAGAUCCAGAGCGCCAUGGAGAUCGUCCUGGACUGGACGCUGGCCUCCGGCUGCACGGCGGCCGCCCUGGGCGCCCUCUCCCUCUACAACAUGAGCAGCAGCGGCGGGGACCGCUUCAGCCGGGGCAAAUCCACCCGCUGCGGGCUCACCUUCUCGGUGGGCAAGUUCUACCGCUGGAUGGUGGACAGCCGGGUGGCCGUUCGCAUCCACGAGCACGCCGCCAUCUACCUGACCGCCUGCCUGGAGAACCUCUUCCGAGACAUCUACGGGCGGGUGAUGGCGGGGGGCAGCGCCUCGGCCCACCCGCACCCCAACCGGGGCUCGGGCUCCGGCUCGGCCGCCGCCGCUGGCGCGGAGAAGGACAAGGAGAGCGGCGGCGAAGCGCCCAAGUUUACGGUGGAGUCUCUGGAGCAGACGGUCAACAACGACGCGGAGCUGUGGGGCUUGCUGCAGCCCUACCAGCACCUCAUCUGCGGGAAGAACGCCAGCGGUGUUCUCUGCCUGCCAGACAGUCUGAACCUUCACAAAGACCAACAAAGGUCAAAUAAGCCAGGCGAAGUACAGAUGUUUAGCCAAUCGGAGUUAAGGACCAUAGAGCAAUCCUUGCUCGCUACCCGGGUGGGAAGCAUUGCCGAACUCAGUGAUCUGGUGUCUCGAGCAAUGCAUCACCUCCAGCCACUCAACUCAAAGCAGCAUGGCAACGGCACUCCAAUGCACCACAAGCAGGGAUCGCUAUACUGGGAACCCGAGGCGUUGUACACACUCUGUUAUUUUAUGCAUUGUCCACAAAUGGAAUGGGAAAACCCUAAUGUUGAGCCUUCAAAAGUCACACUGCAGAUUGAAAGGCCAUUCAUAGUGCUGCCACCCCUGAUGGAAUGGAUAAGGGUUGCUUUGGCUCAUGCAGGGCACCGUCGCAGUUUCUCUGUGGACAGUGAUGAUGUACGGCAAGCAGCAAGGCUCUUACUACCUGGAGUUGACUGUGAACCUCGACAGUUAAAAAUCGACGACUGCUUCUGUGCUUCUCGAAAACUGGACGCGGUAGCCACAGAAGCUAAAUUCAAGCAGGAUCUGGGAUUCCGAAUGCUGAACUGCGGCCGAACGGAUCUAGUUAAACAGGCCAUAUCUUUGCUGGGGCCAGAUGGAAUUAACAGCAUGAGUGAACAGGGCAUGACUCCACUGAUGUAUGCUUGUGUCAGGGGUGAUGAGGCUAUGGUGCAGAUGCUACUAGAUGCUGGAGCAGAUUUGAAUGUUGAGGUUGUCAGUACUGCUCAUAAAUAUCCAUCCGUCCACCCCGAGACCCGCCAUUGGACAGCUCUGACAUUUGCUGUGUUGCAUGGACAUAUUCCUGUAGUUCAGCUAUUGCUGGAUGCUGGAGCAAAGGUAGAAGGUUCUUUAGAGCAAGGAGAGGAAAAUUACUCGGAAACUCCUUUGCAACUGGCAGCAGCUGCUGGAAAUUUUGAACUGGUGACUUUGCUGUUGGAGCGAGGUGCUGACCCCAUGAUAGGAACAAUGUACAGAAAUGGAAUUUCCAUGACUCCACAAGGUGACAUGAACUCUUUCAGUCAGGCUGCUGCACAUGGACACAGGAAUGUGUUUCGUAAGCUGCUUGCUCAGCCAGAGAAAGAGAAGAGUGAUAUUCUGUCCCUGGAGGAAAUACUGGCUGAGGGAACUGACUUGGCAGAUGCUGCACCAGCUCCUUUGUGCGCCAGCCGCAACAGCAAGGCCAAACUGAAAGCACUGAAAGAAGCCAUGUACCACAGCGCCGAGCAUGGAUAUGUGGAUGUCACUAUUGACAUAAGGAGCAUAGGAGUUCCAUGGACGCUACAUACAUGGUUGGAGUCUUUGCGAACUUCCUUUCAGCAGCACAGAAGGCCUCUCAUCCAAUGCUUGUUAAAGGAAUUUAAAUCCAUUCAGGAGGAAGAGUACACUGAGGAGCUCAUCACACAUGGGUUGCCUUUGAUGUUUGAGAUACUGAAAGCAAGUAAGAAUGAAGUGAUAAGUCAGCAACUGUCUGUCAUUUUCACUCAUUGCUAUGGACCUUAUCCUAUUCCAAAGCUUGUUGAAAUCAAACGAAAGCAGACCUCUCGUUUAGAUCCCCAUUUUCUUAACAAUAAAGAGAUGUCAGAUGUUACAUUUCUGGUGGAAGGAAGACCAUUUUAUGCACAUCGAGUGUUACUAUUUACUGCAUCCCCAAGGUUUAAAGCGCUGCUAUCUAGCAAACCCUCAGCUGAGAACACUUGUAUUGAGAUCAGCUAUGUGAAGUACCCCAUAUUUCAGCUGGUUAUGCAGUAUCUUUACUAUGGCGGUGCAGAAUCACUCCUAAUUAAGAAUAAUGAAAUAAUGGAGCUUCUCUCUGCUGCUAAAUUCUUCCAGCUUGAAGCUUUGCAACGACACUGUGAGAUCAUCUGUGCAAAAAGUAUAAACACAGAAAGUUGUGUGGAUAUUUAUAAUCAUGCCAAGUUUCUCGGAGUCACAGAACUAUCCUCCUAUUGUGAAGGCUACUUUCUAAAAAAUAUGAUGGUCCUCAUUGAAAAUGAAGCUUUCAAACAGCUGUUGUAUGACAAGAAUGGAGACACGUCUGGUCAGAAUGUACUACAAGACUUACAGAGGACGUUGGCGACACGGAUUCAGUCAAUUCAUUUGUCUUCUUCAAAGGGCUCCGUUGUAUAAAGUUCAGGAAGGAGAUCGCGCUCAGAAAAGACACUGCGAGUUCAGGCUCCUGUUGCAGUUGCUUAAAUGAACAUACAAAAUUCUACUUCACAUUGGAAUAUUUUUUUUUUGUUGGCCAAAGGUGCUGCUUUUAGGCUGCAGCCUCACUUAGAUGAGGGAAUACUGUACAUGUGGCUCCUACCCAUUUUUGAGAAACAAGGAUAUAGCACUAUUCUGUGAAUUACUGUUAUGUUCAAUUCUGAACGCAAAAGUGUGGUCUUGGAGCUAAUGCCAACAAAAGCCAGAACUCACCAAUGAACAGCAGAAGCCUCUGCCUGAACAAAGAUGCCAUGGACCACUUAAAAUGACAAAUGGGUUAUUUAAGGUUAUUCUGCUCCACCAUGUUAUACAUUUAAGAACUGUACUGUACCUAUCCCAGAGUCCAUUCUAUUGUGCAUUUAAGAAACAUAAGAUUUGUUAGUUGCUGUUUCAUAAGGGUCAACUGUGUUAGAGAGUUGGUAAGACUGUUAUAAAUGAGGAAAUAUACUGGCAAAUUUUUAGGGGUGGGAACUUUUUAAAAUUGUUCAUAACAAAUGGGGUGGCCUUGUAGUUUAAAAUCUAUUUCUUAAGCUUAAAAAUUCAUUUUUGACAGAGUUGUGUUUGCGAAUCUAUGUAACAUGUUUUGUUUUUUAAAGGCACACUGUGUAAAUACUGUAUACAUAUGAGCAGGUUUUGCUUGUAUUCUUUCCUAAGGUGGUAUAAUCUUGCCUAAAUGGUUAUGGUUACACCAAAGAGGUAUAUUACCAAGACAAUAUCUAAUACAGUAGUUGGGGAAUAAAAAUCUGCAUGCUAAUUGUGAUUUGGGGUUAAAAACAAUAACAAACUCAACAUGCAUUUGCAUGGUAACUGUACCUGUGAAAUGUUAUGUUUGUGCUUUGUUUUGCCAAGACUGCUUGUCAAACUCCAUUUGUGAAAUUAGCAUAUUUACUUUUUUUUCUUGGUGCAAAUGGUAGUGAGAUGAUUCCCACAGAGACUUGUUGGAAGAUGCUGAUUUCUGUUUGUUACAUGGAAGAGUUAAGAUCAGCCUUUAUUCUAGUAACAUGUCAAUAUUUCGCUACUGGCCAGAGAUUGUGACUAAGUUAGACUUUUUUAAAUUAUUAUUAAAUAUGUACUAUAGAAUAAUUUCUUACUGUAUCCUCUGAAUGUAUAGAUUAUCUACAAUGGAGGUGUUCAAUGUCAGGGCUCAAUUUAUUUUGCAGCAUACUGUUAGCAAGAGAGAUCUGUUAAGUGCCACAAUUUUCCAGACAUCUUGUACUUGAUGAUACCUUUCACGAAUCGGUUGAUUUAAAACAUAGGGAAGACCUCAGUAAAGAUUAGGAGAAAGGCGCUACCUUUUCAGUGGCAAAAUUACAUGUAUUUCUUUUCUAGCAUGCUUUUUGAAACUGUGCCCGGUUCACAGAUUUUUAGAAGCUUUAAUUUGACAGUGCAUGGUAACUUCUUGUUCUUUUGUUAGAGUAUUUAUGUCCGGUGCUAUUUCAUGUUUAUAGCUUUUGGAAUGCUCAGAAAACACAGUCUUUGCAUUAGUUACCAACAUGAUAGGAAACUGUUUUAUUGUUCUGAUCUGUAAAUCCUCCCGUAUGCUUGAUCAUUUUAAAGCCUAUACAGUAUCUGCAACAAAUUACAAAAUUGUCUAAACUACCAUUAAUGUCUCAGAGACACAGCAUGUCAGCCUAACAAUGAAUUAUCAGACAAUUUGUUUCUGCAUAUGAUAUGCCAUAUAAGAUGUUGUCUAGAUCAUUUAGCUACUGGCGACUUACUUUUCUGUGAAUGUUGCAAUGCU